AUUUCAGGACGUUAAGACGCAGCAGCUCAAUCGCGGCUUCCUCGCGACUAUGGGCAACAACGGAGUGGUCAUAAUGGGCGAUUCGCAGACGAUACAAUUGGAUGAGAAUGGAGAGAUUAAAGUCGUAGAAAAGAUGGACACGGAAGAAACGCAACCAGAUCAAAAUUCUCUGGAUUUCAAGAUGCCCGAAGGGCUCGUCGGCGACGUCGGCGGCGGUGCGCAAAGAAGGCUGCAGCUGCAGCCGUCGCAGGGCUUGAUGGCUAUCCCGAUAUCGAACGCGGACCGCAAGGCGGCGUUGAUGGAGAAGAACAUAAUCGCCGUGCUGCCGGACAGCUCCGAGCUCCUGGACGGCGAGACCACCGCCACCCUGAUCGACGUGGAUCGUAUAAAUGAGGCGGAGGAGCUCGACGAGGUUGAUCUGCUGCGGGUCAAGCGAGAGCUGUGCGAG